UUCUUGCCCCAUAAACACUUUACUAGUUCUCGUGUUAACCGUUACUGUUCAGCAAAGAUCAUUGCACUCAAUAUUGCUGAAAGCAGAAGCAAGAAGAAAGUAUGGCUCCGAAGCUGGGGAAAUCGGGGUCAUUCCGGCAGAGCCUCGCGGAGAAGAAAGAGAGGCUUCUUUCCAUGAAGAGUGACGGAUAUUCCCAACUAGGGAUUCCCAUGCCCAUGGAGGAGGAGGAGGAGUACUCCGCCAAACGCUGUUGCUGCAGUUACCCGUGGUAUCGAGGGUUUUCCGAUGGGACGGUGAAGUGCUGGAAGAGUAUGAAGCGCGUGGCGGUUAAGGCUUGGGAGAUGGGUCGGUCUGACCCGAGGAACGUUAUUUUCUCGGCGAAGAUGGGACUUGCUCUUGCACUCAUCUCGCUCUUAAUUUUCUUCAAAGAACCCUUUCAGGAUAUUAGCCGCUACUCCGUCUGGGCCAUCAUGACCGUCGUCGUCGUCUUCGAAUUCAGCAUAGGGGCAACUCUCAGUAAGGGAUUUAACAGAGGAUUGGGAACGUUGUCCGCCGGAGGAAUUGCCUUGGCAAUGUCAGAAUUAUCGGCAUUGGCUGGACCAUAUGACGAACUUAUAGUUAUCAUUAGCACCUUCAUUGUAGGAUGUUGUGCCACUUAUGCAAAACUAUACCCGACUAUGAAACCCUAUGAAUAUGGGUUCCGUGUGUUCUUGAUCACAUAUUGCUACAUUACUGUGUCGGGCUAUCAAACAGGGGAAUUUCUUGACACGGCUAUAAAUAGAUUUUUGCUCAUUGCAAUUGGUGCUGCUGUAUCUUUGGGAGUAAAUGUUUGUAUCUAUCCAAUCUGGGCUGGGGAGGAUCUGCAUCAUCUUGUGGAAAAAAAUUUCAUGGGUGUUGCAACAUCUUUGGAAGGUGUUGUCAGUAACUAUCUUAAUUGUGUUGAAUAUAAGAGGGUGCCGUCGAAAAUUCUUACUUACCAGGCUGCGGAUGAUCCACUUUACAGCGGCUAUAGAUCAGCUGUUGAGUCUACCAGUAAAGAGGAUGCAUUGCUAGGGUUUGCUGUUUGGGAACCCCCUCAUGGCCGUUACAAAAUGCUUAGCUAUCCAUGGAAGAAUUAUGUGAAAGUAAGUGGGGCGCUAAGGCAUUGUGCAUUUAUGGUCAUGGCUAUGCAUGGAUGCAUACUUUCUGAAAUUCAGGCCCCAGCUGAGAUGAGACAUGUUUUCCGUAGUGAGCUUCAAAGGGUAGGUUCUGAAGGGGCGAAAGUGCUCCGUGAACUCGGUAACAAAGUUAAGAAGCAGGAGAAACUUGGCCGUGAAGACUUGCUGUAUGAAGUACACGAGGCAGCUGAAGAAUUGCAACAGAAGAUUGACAAAAAAUCUUACCUACUAGUAAAUUCAGAGAGUUGGGAAAUCGGAAACCGACCAAGAGAGGAGGAGAGCAAGCCACAACAAGGACCAGGCCUCUUUGACAUAGACGAGGAACGAAAAUUCCUGGAGUAUAAGUCUCUUAGUGAAGCUGUUCUUGAUCUCAGAUCAGUUCAAGUUCCAAACGGUUGGGAUGAAACUGCAAAAUCAAUCCCGGAUGAUCACACUGCCACGCCACAGCCUGCAGCUGUUGGCUCUGAAAACAUGUUCAGGAAACAGAUAUCUUGGCCUGCUCAUGUCUACUACAAAGCAGAUACAGUGGCAAAAGAGGAGGAAGAAUCAAGGACUUACGAAAGUGCUAAAGCACUAUCCCUCGCAACAUUUACAUCGCUUCUGAUUGAAUUUGUAGCAAGGCUUCAGAACCUGGUGGACUCAUUUGAAGAAUUAGGUGAGAAAGCAAACUUUGUGGAUCCUCUUGAGCAACAAGUACCAGUAACAUCUGAUGGGUUUUGGAUGAGAUUGUUUAAUUGCUUCAGAUCCAAGGAAUGAUGCAUGAGAACAUGCGGAGCUGCUGCAUGUAAGUCAUCCCUGAUUUGAGUUGAAAUUGUCAUGUAAUGCUUCCAGCAUCACCCCAGUCUUCUUUUGAAAGAUUUUGAGUGAUGUCUUGAGUUCGGGAACUAGGCAUCCUUUGAAGACAAGUUGAAACUUUUAAACACAAACUGCGAGAAAUCGCUAUCAAUCUUAUAAACUAGAGUAAUAACUCACUUUUUUGUACAUAAAAUACUGUUUUGACUAUAGCCAUAUGCAGUUUAGAACGUAUAAAAUUGGUUAUUAACGUCUCUUAGGUUCUUUCCUAACUCUGAAAUCUCCAUGACCGUUUCAAGAUAUAGAAGGGUGAUAACUCGUCCCUCUGCUUUGUUGGAAUUUUCUUUCCUUUUCUAACUGUGAAAUCUCCAUUACUUGGGGAUGCUUGGAGUUAUGGUAUUAGCACAUCGUUUGUGUAUCGUCUUCAGAUGAAAAUUGCCGGAACGUUCAUUGAAACCAAAAAUUAGUGUCUACUUAGAUAUUUAUUUAGGUGCGGUUUGCGGUGACUGUGUGGAUUGCAUGAAUAUGGUGGCUAAGCUGCAGCAUCCAAUCCAGAAACGACCUGUGGCACAUUUGAAGUAAACUGACCAAAGGUUUGACCCAUCUAGUCACGGUAAACGGCUGAACGCACUAUGGAUCAGCAAACCAGUUUCAGCAUUCAGGAGUGAACGAUGGGAGAGAAAUUUGUGAAAUUCGGAAAACCGGACAGAACCCUUCACUAAAAUUGGUGGAAAAAUUUGAGAAAUUCCCAAACCCAAAAAUAGCAAGUGUCGUGCACUCGUGCUGGGAAGGCCUCGUCUCGAACUAGGUUCCGACUGUACUUGUUGCCUUAGUAUCGGAAGGCGGUUGCCUGCAGUUACAGGCGGAUACUUGUUGACCCAGGUCGUUUCUGAGAGAAGCAGGGGAGAUCGCCACCACAUUGAAGGUGUGAGUUCCUCAGCGGAGCAGUGGAGCUCCCCCUCGGCGCUGACGGUGUGAGAAUACUAUGCCUU